GCUGCUCCUGCAGGCUGCGCUGUGCUCCGGGCUGCGGCUGGGGAGCUCGCGCCCCCGUCCCUAGCCUGGUGCUGCUGUUCUCCGUCUGCGGCUCCUCUCCUCUGCCUGCGAACCCCACGCGGCAGCGGCAGCGGCGGCGGCGGCCCGGGUCUUGCAGAGCGCGCGGCGGGCACUGCGGCGGCGGCAGCCGGGCGGCCGGCUCGCCCGGAGCAAGAUUUCCCGGCGAGGAAGACGGCAGGGGAGGCGCCCGGUGGAGCCGGGGAUCGCCGGCGGAGGCAAGGGAUGGAAGUAUGAUGUGAUGGAUGUAAUUAUGGGAUACUGUGUGGCUACACGGCCUCCUCCUUCGUGCCUCAUCCUCCUGCUUCUCAAGCUUUUGGCUACUGUCUCCCAGGGGCUGCCAGGGCCUGGAGCCCUGGGAUUCCACUUCACACAUUCCAUUUAUAAUGCUACAGUGUAUGAGAACUCAGCCGCAAGGACUUACGUCAACAGCCAGAGCAGAAUGGGCAUCACUUUGAUAGACCUGUCCUGGGAUAUCAAAUACAGAAUCGUAUCCGGAGAUGAGGAAGGCUUUUUCAAAGCUGAGGAAGUCAUCAUUGCAGAUUUCUGUUUCCUCAGAAUAAGAACUAAGGGUGGCAAUUCGGCAAUAUUGAAUAGGGAAAUUCAGGACAAUUAUUUAUUGAUCAUAAAAGGUUCUGUCAGAGGAGAAGAUUUGGAAGCAUGGGCCAAAGUAAAUAUACAGGUUUUAGAUAUGAAUGACCUGAGGCCUCUGUUUUCCCCCACCACAUACUCAGUUACAAUCGCAGAGAGCACACCUCUGAGGACUAGUGUCGCCCAGGUGACAGCGACAGAUGCAGAUAUUGGUUCCAAUGGAGAAUUCUAUUACUACUUUAAAAACAAGGUUGAUCUCUUUUCAGUUCAUCCCACAAGUGGUGUCAUCUCUUUAAGUGGAAGAUUAAAUUAUGAUGAAAAGAAUAGGUACGAUCUGGAAAUUCUGGCUGUGGACCGGGGAAUGAAACUUUAUGGAAACAAUGGAGUGAGCAGUACUGCAAAGCUUUAUGUUCACAUUGAACGUGUCAACGAACAUGCCCCAAUGAUCCACGUGGUCACUCAUGUUCCCUCCUCAUUAGACAAAGAGCCGACAUAUGCAGUGGUGACAGUUGAUGACUCAGACGAAGGGGCCAAUGGAGAGAUUGAGUCUGUUUCCAUUGUGGCUGGGGAUCCUCUAGAUCAGUUCUUUCUGGCCAAGGAAGGAAAGUGGUUGAACGAAUACAAGAUUAAGGAAAGAAAGCAGGUUGACUGGGAGAGCUUUUCCUGUGGCUACAAUCUCACUCUACAAGCAAAAGACAAGGGGUCUCCUCAAAAGUUUUCAGCAUUAAAGGUCAUUCACAUUGCCAACCCUAAAAGAGACACAGUCCCAGUUAGAUUUGAAAAAGAAAUGUAUGAUGUGAGGGUAAGUGAGUUUUCCCCUCCUGGGGUUGUGGUGGUGAUAGUAAAGUUAAGUCCUGAACCGCUAGAUGUGGAAUAUAAAUUAUCUCCUGGUGAGGAUGCCGAGUACUUUAAAAUUAAUCCUCGCUCAGGUCUCAUUGUUACAGCACAACCCCUGAAUACUGUUAAGAAGGAGGUUUAUAAACUGGAGGUGACAAACAAGGAAGGAGAUUUAAGAGCACAAGUUGUCAUUGGCAUAGAAGACGCCAACGACCACACCCCAGAAUUUCAGCAGACACAGUACAAUACUUACGUCAAUGAAAGUGUCCCGGUGGGGACAAGCAUUCUGACAGUUUCUGCUUUUGAUAAGGAUAAAGGAGAAAAUGGGUACAUCACUUACAGUAUUGCCAGCCUGAAUCGGUUACCUUUUGCCAUUAACCAGUUUACAGGUGUCAUUAGCACAACUGAAGAAUUGGAUUUUGAGUCUUCUCCAGAAACUUAUAGAUUCAUCGUCAGAGCCUCUGACUGGGGUUCACCUUACCGCCAUGAAAGCGAAGUGAAUGUGACUAUUCGAAUAGGGAAUGUUAACGACAACAGCCCUCUCUUUGAAAAAGUGGCUUGCCAGGGAGUUAUUUCAUAUGACUUUCCAGUCGGCGGUCACAUCACAGCUGUCUCCGCGAUUGAUAUCGAUGAACUGGAACUUGUAAAGUACAAAAUCAUUUCUGGAAAUGAACUUGGCUUCUUUUACUUAAACCCAGAUUCCGGUGUUUUGCAGCUUAAAAAGUCAUUGUUGAAUUCGGGAGUUAAAAAUGGCCAUUUUGCCCUCAGAAUUACAGCAACCGACGGAGAGAAUCUUGCAGACCCCAUGUCCAUGAACAUUUCAGUCCUUCACGGGAAGGUGUCUUCAAAGAGCUUCAGUUGCAGAGAAACUCGGGUUGCUCAAAAGCUGGCAGAGAAACUACUCAUUAAGGCGAAAGCAAAUGGGAAGCUGAAUCUGGAAGAUGGAUUUCUUGACUACUAUUCCAUUAAUAGGCAGGGACCACAUUUUGAUAAGUCUUUUCCUUCGGAUGUGGCUGUGAAGGAAGACCUACCAGUUGGUGCUAACAUCCUCAAGAUUAAAGCCUAUGACGCCGACUCCGGCUUCAAUGGGAAGGUGCUAUUUACGAUAUCUGAUGGAAAUACAGAUAGUUGCUUUAAUAUCGAUAUGGAGACUGGGCAGCUGAAAGUUCUCAUGCCUAUGGAUCGAGAACACACAGAUCUUUAUCUCCUUAAUAUUACUAUCUAUGACUUAGGAAAUCCACAGAAAUCUUCAUGGAGGCUGCUGACCGUCAAUGUGGAGGAUGCUAAUGACAACAGCCCAGUGUUUAUUCAAGACAGUUACUCUGUUAACAUUCUUGAAAGUUCAAGUAUUGGUACUGAGAUUAUUCAAGUAGAAGCCAGGGACAAAGACUUGGGCUCUAAUGGUGAAGUCACUUACUCGGUCUUGACAGACACGCGGCAGUUUGCCAUCAAUAGCUCAACCGGAAUCGUUUAUGUAGCUGACCAGUUGGACAGAGAAUCAAAAGCAAACUACUCUUUGAAAAUAGAAGCCAGGGACAAGGCGGAAAGUGGUCGGCAGCUGUUCUCCGUGGUCACUCUCAAAGUGUUCUUAGAUGACGUCAACGACUGCUCCCCGGCAUUCAUCCCCACCAGCUACAGUGUGAAGGUUCUUGAAGAUCUUCCCAUUGGCACCGUCAUUGCUUGGCUGGAGACCCACGAUCCGGAUCUUGGACUGGGGGGUCAAGUGCGCUAUUCUUUGGUCAACGACUAUAAUGGAAGGUUUGAAAUCGAUAAGGCAAGUGGCGCCAUCCGCUUGAGCAAAGAGCUCGACUAUGAAAAGCAGCAGUUCUACAACCUCACGGUUCGGGCCAAAGACAAAGGGCGGCCUGUCUCUCUGUCAUCUGUUUCUUUUGUUGAGGUGGAAGUGGUGGAUGUCAAUGAAAACCUCCACACCCCCUAUUUCCCAGACUUUGCUGUUGUUGGAUCUGUAAAAGAAAACUCACGUGUUGGAACGAGUGUGCUGCAGGUAAUUGCCCGAGAUGAAGACUCCGGAAGGGAUGGAGAGAUCCAGUACUCCAUCAGGGAUGGCAGUGGUCUCGGAAGGUUCAGUAUCGACGAUGAGAGCGGGGUCGUCACUGCUGCAGACAUCCUGGAUCGGGAGACGACAAGCUCCUACUGGCUGACGGUGUACGCCACAGACCGGGGUGUCGUCCCGCUGUAUUCCACCAUCGAGGUCUACAUCGAAGUGGAAGACGUCAAUGACAAUGCACCUCUGACCUCAGAACCUAUUUACUAUCCUGCGGUCAUGGAAAACUCCCCAAAGGAUGUCUCUGUCAUUCAGAUCCAGGCUGAAGACCCUGACUCCAGUUCCAGUGAAAAACUGACAUACAGGAUUACAAGUGGGAAUCCUCAGAAUUUUUUUGCCAUCAAUAUCAAAACAGGUCUGAUUACAACAACUUCAAGGAAACUGGAUCGAGAGCAGCAGGCAGAACAUUUUCUGGAGGUGACUGUGACAGAUGGUGGUCCCUCUCCAAAACAGUCAACCAUUUGGGUGGUGGUUCAGGUUCAAGAUGAAAAUGACAACAAGCCUCAGUUCCCGGAGAAGGUCUACCAGAUCAAGCUGCCCGAACGAGACCGGAAGAAGAGGGGGGAGCCCAUUUACAGGGCCUUUGCGUUUGACAGAGAUGAGGGCCCCAACGCAGAAAUCUCCUACAGCAUCGUGGAUGGGAAUGAUGAUGGGAAGUUCUUUAUCGACCCUAAAACUGGCAUGGUGUCUUCCAGAAAGCAAUUUACAGCAGGGAGUUAUGACAUCCUCACGAUAAAGGCGGUGGACAAUGGGCGCCCACAGAAGUCCUCCACGGCCCGCCUGCACAUUGAAUGGAUUAAGAAGCCACCCCCUUCAUCUAUACCGCUGACCUUCGAUGAGCCAUUUUAUAAUUUCACAGUCAUGGAAAGCGAUAGAGUAACUGAGAUUGUGGGGGUAGUGUCUGUGCAGCCGGCUAACACCCCUCUGUGGUUUGACAUAGUUGGGGGAAAUUUUGACAGCUCUUUUGACGCAGAGAAGGGAGUUGGGACCAUUGUCAUCGCAAAGCCUUUGGAUGCAGAGCAGAGGUCCAUCUACAAUAUGAGUGUGGAGGUCACCGAUGGGACAAAUGUUGCUGUCACUCAGGUAUUUAUCAAAGUGCUGGAUAAUAAUGAUAAUGGCCCAGAAUUCUCUCAGCCGAAUUAUGACGUGACCAUUUCUGAGGAUGUGCUUCCAGACACGGAGAUCCUGCAGGUUGAAGCCACAGACAGAGACGAAAAGCACAAGCUGAGCUUCACUGUCCACAGUAGCAUCGACUCCAGCAGCAUGAGGAAAUUCCGGAUUGACCCUAGCACUGGUGUGCUCUACACCGCCGAGAGGCUGGACCAUGAGGCUCAGGACAAGCACAUUCUCAAUGUCAUGGUCAGAGAUCAAGAGUUUCCUUAUCGAAGAAACUUGGCCCGAGUCAUUGUAAACGUGGAGGAUGCCAACGAUCACAGUCCAUACUUUACCAACCCACUGUAUGAGGCGUCUGUGUUUGAAUCAGCGGCCCUGGGAUCAGCUGUGCUGCAAGUGACAGCUCUGGACAAAGACAAAGGGGAAAAUGCUGAGCUCCUAUAUACCAUAGAAGCAGGCAACACCGGCAAUACGUUCAAGAUCGAACCAGUCCUGGGCAUCAUCACUGUUGCCAAAGAACCAGACAUGACAGCCAUGGGUCAGUUUGUCCUGUCCGUCAAGGUCACCGAUCAGGGUUCCCCACCAAUGUCUGCCACUGCAAUCGUGCGCAUUUCUGUCACUAUGUCUGAUAAUUCUCACCCCAAGUUCAUGCACAAAGAUUACCAAGCAGAAGUCAACGAAAAUGUUGACAUUGGAACAUCAGUCAUCCUUAUCUCUGCCAUCAGUCAGUCUACCCUCAUUUAUGAAGUCAAAGAUGGAGACGUUGAUGGGAUCUUUACCAUAAAUCCAUAUUCUGGAGUUGUCACCACUCGGAAGGCCCUGGAUUAUGAGCACACUUCCUCCUAUCAGCUCAUCGUUCAGGCCACGAACAUGGCAGGAAUGGCUUCUAAUGCCACAGUCAACAUUCAGAUUGUUGAUGAAAAUGACAAUGCCCCCGUUUUCCUCUUUUCCCAAUAUUCCGGCAGCCUGAGUGAGGCUGCCCCAGUCAACAGCAUUGUCAGGAGCUUUGAUAACAGCCCACUGGUGAUUCGCGCCUCUGAUGCUGACAGCAACCGGAAUGCUCUGCUAGUGUAUCAGAUUGUGGAGUCCAUGGCCAAGAAGUUCUUCACAGUGGACUCCAGCACUGGUGCAAUUAGAACUAUUGCCAACCUGGACCACGAAACCAUCGCCCAUUUCCAUUUUCACGUGCAUGUCAGAGACAGUGGGAGCCCCCAGCUGACCGCAGAGAGUCCUGUCGAAGUUAACAUUGAGGUGACGGAUGUCAACGAUAACCCACCUGUUUUUACUCAGGCCGUGUUUGAGACUGUCUUACUUCUCCCUACGUAUGUCGGAGUGGAGGUUCUAAAAGUCAGUGCCACAGACCCUGAUGCUGAAGUGCCCCCCGAGCUGACAUACAGCCUCAUGGAAGGCAGCUUGGAACAUUUUUUAAUUGACUCAAGUAGUGGAGUACUCACCAUAAAAAACAACAACCUCUCCAAAGAUCACUACAUGCUGAUAGCUAAAGUGUCCGACGGAAAGUUCUACAGUACAUCCAUGGUCAACGUCAUGGUUAAGGAAGCCAUGGACAGUGGCCUCCACUUUACACAAAGCUUUUACUCUACAUCAAUCUCAGAGAACAACACAAACAUAACCAAAGUUGCUAUUGUCAAUGCAGUUGGAAAUCGCCUUAACGAGCCCUUAAAAUACAGCAUCUUAAACCCAGGAAAUAAAUUCAAGAUCAAGUCUACCUCAGGAGUCAUUCAGACCACUGGAGUCCCCUUUGACCGUGAAGAGCAAGAGUUAUAUGAGCUAGUGGUGGAAGCCAGCCGUGAGCUGGACCUUCUGCGUGUGGCCAGGGUGGUGGUCAGGGUCAGCAUCGAGGACAUAAAUGACAAUUCUCCAGUCUUUGUGGGACUCCCUUAUUACGCUGCUGUGCAAGUCGAUGCUGAGCCCGGGACUCUGAUCUACCAGGUGACAGCCAUUGACAAAGACAAAGGUGCAAAUGGAGAAGUGACCUAUGUCCUACAGGAUGACUAUGGCCACUUUGAAAUUAACCCUAAUUCAGGGAAUGUUAUUUUAAAAGAAGCCUUCAACUCCGACUUGUCCAACAUUGAGUAUGGAGUUACCAUUCUAGCGAAGGAUGGUGGAAAACCCUCUUUGUCUACAUCUGUGGAGCUCCCCAUCACUAUUGUCAACAAAGCAAUGCCCGUGUUUGAUAAGCCCUUUUAUACGGCAUCCAUUGAUGAAGACAUCCGAGUGGAAACCCCUAUUCUAAGCAUUAACGCCACGAGUCCGGAAGGUCAAGGCAUCAUAUACAUCAUUAUUGAUGGGGAUCCUUUCGAACAAUUUAACGUUGACUUUGACACUGGGGUCCUGAAAGUUGUUAGCCCUUUGGAUUACGAAGCUACAUCUGUUUAUAAGCUGACGAUAAGAGCCAGUGAUGCCCUGACUGGUGCUAGGGCUGAAGUCACCGUUGACCUGCUGGUCAAUGAUGUAAAUGACAACCCACCUAUUUUUGACCAGCCCACAUACAACACAACAUUAUCAGAAGCGUCUCUUAUUGGGACACCCGUUUUGCAGGUUGUCUCUACUGAUGCAGACUCAGAAAACAAUAAAAUGGUACAUUAUCAGAUUGUCCAGGAUACUUACAACAGCACAGAUUAUUUUCACAUAGACAGCACAAGUGGCUUGAUCCUGACAGCACGGAUGCUGGACCAUGAGUUAGUACAACACUGCACUUUGAAAGUCAGAUCCACAGACAGUGGCUUCCCGUCUCUGAGCAGUGAGGUUCUGGUUCACAUCCACAUCUCUGACAUAAACGACAACCCUCCAGUUUUUAAUCAGCUCAUUUAUGAGUCAUAUGUAAGUGAAUUGGCACCCCGGGGCCAUUUUGUAACCUGUGUACAAGCCUCUGAUGCCGAUAGCUCUGACUUCGACCGGCUGGAGUAUAGCAUUCUCUCUGGGAACGACCGCACGAGCUUUCUGAUGGACAGCAGGAGUGGAGUCAUCACACUGUCCAGCCACCGGAAGCAGCGGAUGGAGCCUCUGUACAGUCUGAACGUGUCAGUCUCCGACGGGUUGUUCACCAGCACGGCUCAGGUGCACAUCAGGGUACUUGGGGCUAAUCUGUACAGCCCUGCCUUCUCACAAAGCACAUACGUAGCUGAAGUGAGAGAGAAUGUAGCUCCUGGGACAAAGGUAAUUCACGUUCGAGCCACGGACGGGGAUCCAGGGACUUAUGGGCAGAUCAGCUACGCCAUCGUCAAUGACUUUGCCAAGGAUCGGUUCCUCAUUGACGGCAAUGGACAGGUUGUCACCACGGAAAGGCUAGACCGGGAAAACCCUCUGGAGGGAGACAUCAGUAUUUUUUUGAGAGCUCUUGAUGGUGGAGGGAGAACAAGUUUCUGCACCGUGCGGGUGAUUGUUGUGGAUGAAAAUGACAAUGCCCCCCAGUUCCUGACAGUGGAGUACAGAGCCAGCGUCAGGGCAGAUGUCGGGAGGGGCCACUUGGUCACUCAGGUGCAAGCCACGGACCCAGAUGAUGGAGCAAAUUCGAGAAUCACCUACUCCCUCUAUAGCGAGGCCUCGGUCUCUGUGGCUGACCUCCUGGAGAUGGAUCCUGACAAUGGCUGGAUGGUCACAAAAGGCAAUUUUAAUCAGCUGAAAAAUACAGUGUUGUCGUUCUUUGUCAAAGCGGUGGAUGGGGGCGCCCCGGUGAAGCACUCCCUCAUUCCCGUCUACAUCCAUGUCUUGCCCCCUGAAACACUUUUGCCUUCGUUCACCCAGCCGCAAUAUUCCUUUGCCGUCGCCGAGGAUACAGCCAUUGGUUGCACAGUGGACACCCUGAGGGUCCUGCCCGGUCAGAACGUCCGGUUCAGCACCGUGAAUGGGGAACGGCCGGAAAAUAACAGAGGGGGCGUCUUCAUCAUAGAACAGGACACAGGCACGAUCAAGCUUGACAAGCGCCUUGACCAUGAAGCCACCCCAGCUUUCCACUUUAAAGCAGCGGCCACUGUCCCCCUGGACAAGAUAGACAUCGUGUUCACUGUGGAUGUCGAUAUCAAGGUAUUGGACUUGAACGACAACAAGCCGGUCUUUGAAACUUUGAGCUACGAGACCAUCAUAAUGGAAGGGAUGCCCGUCGGCACCAAACUCACCCAGGUGAGAGCGAGAGAUGUGGACUGGGGAGCCAAUGGGCAGGUCACGUACUCCCUCCACGCAGAUUCCCAGCCCGAAAAGGUCCUGGAGGCCUUCAGCAUUGACAGCAACACCGGCUGGAUCAGCACCCUGAAGGACCUGGAUCAUGAGACUGACCCCGAAUUCACCUUCUCCGUGCUGGCCUCGGACCUCGGAGAGGCGUUCUCUCUGUCCUCCACCACCGUGGUGUCUGUGAAGGUGACAGAUAUAAAUGACAAUGCGCCCGUCUUUGCCCAGGAGGUGUACCGAGGGAAUGUGAAGGAGAGCGACCCUCCCGGCGAGGUGGUGGCUGUCCUCAGCACCUGGGACAGAGACACAUCCCAUGUGAACAGCCAAGUGAGCUACCACAUUACAGGAGGAAACCCCCGAGGUCGGUUUGCCCUGGGCCUGGUGCAGAGUGAGUGGAAGGUCUAUGUGAAGAGACCUCUUGAUAGAGAAGAACAAAACAUGUACUUCCUCAAUGUCACUGCCACCGAUGGGCUCUUUGUCACACAGGCCAUGGUGGAGGUGACGGUCACUGAUGUGAAUGACAACAGCCCAGUGUGCGAUCAGGUUGCAUAUACAGCGUUAUUUCCUGAAGACAUUCCACCAAAUAAAAUCAUCCUGAAGGUUGGCGCUAAAGAUGCCGAUAUCGGAUCCAAUGCAGAUAUCCAAUACUCUCUCGACGGAUCUGGAAGCAAUGAAUUCUUUCUAGACCCAGAAAGUGGUGAGUUAAAAACCUUAGCUCUGUUGGACCGUGAGCGGGUCCCCGUGUACAACCUGAUCGCCAGAGCCACGGAUGGGGGCGGGAGGUUCUGCCAGUCUGACAUCCGCCUGACGCUGGAGGAUGUGAACGAUAACCCCCCCAUGUUUUCUUCUGACCACUACAACGCCUGUGUCUAUGAGAACACGGCCACAAAGGCUCUGCUGACAAGAGUUCAAGCCGUGGACCCUGAUGUUGGCAUCAACAGGAAGGUCGUGUACUCCCUGGCAGACUCGGCCGGUGGGGUCUUCUCCAUUGACAGCUCCUCGGGCAUCAUAAUCCUGGAGCAGCCGCUGGACCGGGAGCAGCAGCCUUCCUACAACAUCAGCGUGCAGGCCACCGACCGGAGUCCCGGACAGUCCCUGUCCUCUCUUGCCAUGGUCACCAUCACCGUCCUGGACAUUAAUGACAACCCUCCUGUGUUUGAGAGGAAGGACUACCUGGUGACCGUGCCUGAGGACACUACUCCUGGCACUCAAGUCCUUGCUGUUUUUGCCACCAGCAAAGAUAUUGGCACGAACGCUGAGAUUACUUACCUCAUCCGGUCUGGGAAUGAACAGGGGAAAUUUAGCAUCAACCCAAAGACAGGGGGUAUUUCUGUCUCUGAGGUCCUGGACUAUGAAUUAUGCAAAAGGUUUUACCUGGUGGUGGAAGCCAAAGAUGGGGGCACCCCCGCUCUCAGCGCUGUGGCCACUGUGAGCGUCACCCUCACGGACGUGAAUGACAACCCCCCCAACUUCAGCCAAGACAUCUACAGUGCCGUCAUCAGUGAAGAUGCUUUGGUGGGGGACUCGGUCAUUUUGCUAAUAGCAGAAGAUGUAGACAGCCAUCCCAAUGGACAGAUUCGUUUUUCCAUUGUGAGUGGAGAUCGGGACAAUGAAUUUACUGUGGAUCCUGUUCUGGGACUCGUGAAGGUUAAGAAGAAAUUAGACCGAGAACGGGUGUCUGGAUACGCCCUGCUUGUUCAGGCUGUGGACAGUGGCAUUCCUGCGAUGUCAUCCACUGCAACCGUCAACAUCGAUAUUUCUGAUGUGAAUGACAACAGCCCUGUGUUCAUACCUGCGAACUACACAGCUGUGAUUCAGGAAAAUAAGCCGGUGGGCACCAGCAUCCUGCAGCUGGUGGUGACAGACAGAGACUCCUUUCACAAUGGGGCUCCCUUUUCAUUCUCUAUUUUGUCGGGAAAUGAAGAGGAGGAGUUUCUGCUGGACCCUCACGGGAUCCUGCGCUCGGCCGUGGUCUUCCAGCACACAGAGUCUCCGGAGUACGUCCUGUGUGUCCAGGCAAAGGACUCAGGCAAACCCCAGCAAGUUUCUCGCUCCUUCAUCCGUGUGCGUGUCAUUGAGGAAAGUACCCACAAGCCCACAGCCAUCCCCCUUGAAAUUUUCAUCGUCACCAUGGAGGAUGACUUUCCUGGCGGGGUCAUUGGGAAGAUCCACGCCACAGACCAAGACAUGUAUGAUGUGCUCACAUUUGCGCUAAAAUCAGAGCAGAAGAGCCUGUUUAAAGUGAACAGUCACGAUGGGAAGAUCAUCGCCCUGGGCGGCCUGGACAGUGGCAAGUACGUCCUGAACGUGUCGGUGAGUGACGGCCGCUUCCAGGUGCCCAUCGACGUGGUGGUGCACGUGGAGCAGCUGGUGCGGGAGAUGCUGCAGAACACGGUCACCAUCCGCUUUGAGGACGUGUCCCCCGAGGACUUCGUGGGGCUGCACCUGCGCGGCCUGCGGCGCGCCCUGCGGAGCGCGGUGCUCACCCAGAAGCAGGACAACCUGCGGGUCAUCAGUAUCCAGCCCGUGGUGGGCACCGGCCAGCUGGACAUGCUGUUUGCCGUGGAGACGCACAGCAGCGAGUUCUACAAGCCGGCCUACCUCAUCCAGAAGCUGUCUGGCGCCAGGAGACACCUGGACACUGUGGUGCGCAUCUCGGCCAUCCUGGAGAAGAACUGCUCGGCGCUGGACUGUCAGGAGCAGCACUGCGAGCAGGGCCUGUCGCUAGAUUCCCACGCGCUCCUGACCUACAGCACCGCACGUAUCAGCUUCGUGUGUCCGCGCUUCUACCGGAACGUGCGCUGCACCUGUAACGGAGGACUGUGCCCAGGUUCCAGCGACCCUUGCAUGGAGAAGCCAUGUCCAGGAGAUAUGGAGUGUGUCAGUUACGAGGCCAGCAGGAGGCCGUUCCUCUGCCAGUGUCCACCAGGGAAGCUUGGAGAGUGCUCAGGGCAUACUUCUCUCAGCUUUGCUGGAAACAGUUACAUCAAAUACCGGCUUUCAGAAAACAGCAAGGAAGAGGACUUCAAGCUUGCUCUGCGUCUUCGGACCCUGCAAAGCAACGGGGUUAUCAUGUACACCAGAGCAAAUCCCUGCAUAAUUCUGAAGAUCGUGGACGGCAAGCUGUGGUUCCAGCUGGACUGUGGCAGCGGCCCCGGAAUCCUGGGCAUCUCGGGCCGCGGGGUCAACGACGGGGGCUGGCACUCGGUCUUCCUGGAGCUCAACCGCAACUUCACCAGCCUGUCCUUGGACGACAGCUACGUGGAGCGGCGCCGGGCGCCCCUCUACUUCCAGACGCUGAGCGCCGAGAGCACAGUCUACUUCGGCGCCCUGGUGCAGGCCGACGGCGUCCGCAGCCUGAGCGACGCGCGGGGCACGCAGGUGCUCGGCGGCUUCCAGGGUUGCCUGGACUCGGUGGUGCUGAACAGCAACGAGCUGCCGCUGCAGAACAAGCGCAGCAGCUUCGCCGAGGUGGUGGGCCUGACGGAGCUGAAGCUGGGCUGCGUGCUCUACCCCGACGCCUGCGCGCGCGCCCCCUGCCAGCACGGAGGCAGCUGCGCAGGCCUGCCCACGGGAGGCUAUCAGUGUACCUGUCUCUCACAGUUCACGGGGAUAAACUGUGAAUCCGAGAUCACAGCCUGCUUCCCAAACCCCUGCAGGAAUGGAGGAUCCUGCGACCCCAUAGGCAACACUUUCAUCUGCAAUUGUAAAGCUGGGCUCACAGGAGUCACGUGCGAGCAGGACGUGGACGAGUGCGAGCGGGAGGAGUGCGCCAACGGCGGCGCCUGCGUCAACGUAUUCGGCUCCUUCCUCUGCAACUGCACGGCGGGCUUCGUGGGCCCGCGCUGCGCGCUGCGGCCAGUGCUGGUGCCCAACAUCCAGGCGGGCCACGCCUACGUGGGCAAGGAGGAGCUGAUCGGCAUCGCCGCGGUGCUCCUGGUCAUCCUGGUCCUCGUGGUCCUCUUCGUCGUCUUCCGCAAGAAGGUCUUCCGCAAGAACUACUCGCGCAACAACAUCACGCUGGUGCAGGACCCGGCCACGGCCGCGCUGCUGGCCAAGAGCAACGGCGCCCCCUUCCGGAGCCUGCGCGGCGGCGCCGCCGACGGCCGCCACGUCUACCAGGAGGUGGGCCCGCCGCAGGUGCCGGUGCGCCCCAUGGCCUACACGCCCUGCUUCCAGAGCGACUCCAGGGGCAACCUCGACAAGAUCGUGGACGGGCUGGGCGGCGAGCACCAGGAGAUGACCACGUUUCACCCCGAGUCGCCCCGCAUCCUGACGGCCCGGCGGGGCGUGGUGGUGUGCAGCGUGGCCCCCAACCCGCCCGCCGUGUCCCCCUGCCGCUCCGACUGUGACUCCAUCCGGAAGAGUGGCUGGGACGCGGGGACUGAAAACAAAGGGGUUGAUGACGCAGGAGAAGUCACCUGCUUUGCAGGCAGUAAUAAAGGCAGCAACUCUGAAGUUCAGUCCCUCGGCUCCUUCCAGUCAGAUUCUGGGGACGACAAUGCAUCCAUAGUGACUGUCAUUCAGCUUGUCAACAAUGUAGUUGACACUAUAGAGAAUGAAGUGUCUGUCAUGGACCAAGGACAGAACUACAACCGAGCCUAUCACUGGGACACCUCCGACUGGAUGCCGGGGGCCCGCCUGUCGGACAUAGAGGAGGUUCCCAGCUACGAGCACCCGGACGCGGGGCCCGCGCCCCCGGGCGGCGCGCGCGAGCUGGAGAGCGACUACUACCUGGGCGGCUACGACGUGGACAGCGAGUACCCCCCGCCGCACGAGGACGAGUUCCUGAGCCAGGACCAGCUGCCCCCGCCGCUGCCCGAGGACUUCCCGGACCAGUACGAGGUCCUGCCGGGCUCCGGCACGCUGAGCCCGGGCUGCCGGCGGCGGCCGCGGUUCCACCCCAGCCAGUACCUGCCCCCGCACGCCUUCCCGCAGGACGCGGACUCGGGGGGCCCGCCCGCCGCCUGCGAGUUCAGUACUUUUGCCGUGAGCGUGAACCAGGGCGCCGAGGCCACGGGCCCGGCAGACGGCGUGGCUCUGUCCUUGCACAACUCCAGAGGCACCUUGUCCUCGGACGUGUCGGCCAGUUGCGGCCUUGACGACUCCGAAGUGGCCCUGAGUGACUACGAGAGCGCGGGCGAGCUCAGCCUGGCCGGGCUGCGCGUCCCCUACCUGGAGACGCAGCACCAGACGCAGGUGUAGGGACCGCGGCCCGGGGACCUUCGGAAGGAGACCGGCUGGGUUUGUGUGGCUGGAAGGAAAGGAGCUGGUGAAACUAGAAGGAAUACGGUAACCCCCUCCCCCACCCCGGAACUUCUGCACAAGUCACACUGUCACACGCGAGCUCGGUUCCAACCCGGUGAAGAGGGAGAGGUGACUGGUCUUCCCUGAAGUAGAUACCUGCGUUCCUGGCUAAGAGUACAAAGAGGGGAAAGCGAUUUCACCCACGGAGGUGUGCAAUAAGGUCGCAUGGCUCUGUGCGGUGUUGUGCCCUGCAAAGUGUUAAAACAGCAUCGGUCCUCGCAGUAUUAAAAACUGGCAACAAUCAAAGAAGCGUUGUUGCAUGUAAUUUUGAGCCAAUGAAUUGAUGUAAAUGAAAAUAGUAGUAAUGAUUGUUGGAAAAGUUAGUCUCUUAGGCGAACGAGAAAAGAAGCAAAUAUUAAAAUGGGCUAAAGCCUUUAAAAUCAACUCUAUUUUUUUUAAUAAGCUGCCCAAGUUUCAGCUAUAAAAUUAGGUUUGAGUAACGUGUAGUAUGCUCAGUUAUUUUUGUUCAUUUGUUUGUGUCAAGCAUUCAAUAUACUACAAUUGGGUUUUAUGAUCUUUGAGAAAGGUAUCAAGGAAGAAGCUACUUGGGUUCCAUUUAGUGGGUUAGGGAGGCGGUUAAUGUUAGAACAUUAGAAAGAAUGUGAUUAUCCGGUUUUGUGUUUCGUGGUAAAUAUUCCUAUCUGUAACCACAAUUCUAGCAUUGCUGCAGAAAUUGGCCUUUGCGCAUAUAUUGUUCUCUACAAUGAGAGAUAUUCAGAAGUUUAAGCAGAAUUCCCAAAUUCAGGGGGCAGGGGGAAAGAUACUUUGAAAGUUCUCAGCCUGGAUAAUCACAAUUCUUGAUAAUGCAGAUAAAAGGUAUGUGUUAUUCUAAAUUGGUAGCGUUAUCAUUAUAAAUACAAUUACAUUAAAAAAAGAGGAAGUAGAUUAGUUAUUGUGUAUAAAUUAUAAUUGUGUGUCUCGGCCUAUGUACAAAUACGUGCUUGCACUCAAUAAGGCUGCUCUUGAGGAAGGCUAACAAGGGUUUUAGGAAACGAACCAUGUUGAAAAUCCUGCCACUGGGCGGAGCAUACCUUCCAAUUUCUCUGUUCUCUGUGAUGUUAGGUAAACAUCAAAUGCCAUACUUUACUCCGGUUCAAUUAAAUUUAUUUUGGUACUGCCAUUUAUAUUAACGUAAAGCAAAAACUGUGUUUUUUAAAAACAGUAUUUUGUUAUAAAUUUUUAGAAUUAACCUCUAUGUGAAAAAAAUGUGUGAUACUUCAUUACUCCCUGGGGUUCUCCUCCCAUCUAUUUGGACAUGACUUUCCAAAACUAACAGGAGAAUCACUCCACUGGAAAUGUAAUAUCUCAGUCCUCAGAACCUAAAGUUGAUAAGGUGAGUGACUUUUCUCUUCUGCUUCAAACUGUGGCUACCUCUGCAGUGGCCGUGGUAAAUGAAUGCAUAUUUGCACUGUCUGCUUAAUGAGCAAAUCUGUGUUCACAGUUUCUAAUGGCAUAUGGUGUUGGUUUGUUAAUUGUACUGUCCUGAGUCCAUGGAUCAUCCACUGAAAUAUAUUUUUAGUUGUUUCAAUUGUGUUUAAUUUACUUACUUACUUCUUAGGAGUCAGUGUUUCUGAACAUUUGUGGUUAAAAAAAAAAAAAAAAAACCUUUUCAUUCUGAGACUUCCUAAGUGUGAAUGCCCUUCACAGGUUUUCCAGCCUUUCUCCUCCCAUCUCUCGUUUAGACCUACUCAUGGAGGCAUUAUCCACACUGUGGUCUUAAAAUAAAUUAAUUUCACUAAGGCUGCUUUCAAGAAGAAAAUCUUUGGUAUUUUUCUUAUGUAAGAAGCACAUUUGCAAGAAUCACAGAAAAAAAUGACAAACUAAUGGUCUAGAAUAGAAUCACUGCUACGCUUUUAAUAAUGCAAUGACAUAAAAACCAUCAAAGUAAAACCAACAAUUCGUUUCUUGCCCUUAGGAAAUAUUAGAAUGAGAUUAAUGUCGAUGAGUCACUAUUGCUUACACAGUGUCUCUACCAGGGAAAGAGCCUGACUGUCACAGGGAUGAGGGAAUAAAUAGAUCCUAAUGCAGUGCUGAAGUCACCGGGGAAAACUGUGCCCACCGUUGGCUCUGGCCUAUAUAAAGUGCCUCUUCAGGAUAUCUUCCUCUGAUUUUCUGAACAAUAGCUCUGCAGCUAAAUGUAUACCAGAUAAACACGUGUUAUGAUUUGAUUCAUUACCUUUAAACACAUGACACCUUCACUUUUUAGAAAAUUAGAAUACCCUGUAGAUUACAGAACGGUUUGUAAUCAGGCCAGGAUGGACUAUGUGGAGAUGACCUUUGAUUCAAAAAGUUGGGAGGAUCCGAUCUGCUAACCUCCUCAUUAUAUGGAAGGGAUGUGGCCAGAGAGGGGAAGGGACUAGCAGCUCACACAGGAUACUAAGUAGUUGAACAAGAACAACACCCACCCAUGUGACCAAUUCCUUUUUACCUAACAUUGUUCACCACCAGCUUGGGGACCUGCUUCUGAUGUAUACCCUAACCUCCACCAUUCCUUCUUUUUAUUUUAUUUUAUUUUUUAAGAGACAGAGUCUCACUAUGUUGCCCUCGGUAGAGGGCCGUGGCGUCACAGCUCACAGCAACCUCCAGCUCUUGGGCUUAGGCAAUUCUCUUGCCUCAGCCUCCCGAGUGGCUGGGACUACAGGCGCUCGCCACAAGGCCCAGCUAUUUUUUUUAAAAUAUGGAACGCUUUAUAAAUUUGUGUGUCAUCCUUGGGCAGGGACCAUGCUAAUCUUCUCUGUAUCAUUCCAAUUUUAGUAUACGUGCUGCCAAAGCAAGCACCACCAUUCCUUCUUUGGAAUAUGCUAGAAAAGAAAACUGAUGGAAGAGUAGUCUACUGGAAGCCUCAUGAUAUGUUUCCUUGCUGGCCCCUUAGCAAGGGUAUGAUUUCGGCAUUCACAAAUGUCUUUGGAUAUUCAUCAAAGUAUUGCUUUUGCCAAAAGCAUGUUUCUAAAAUAAAGAUGAAAUGGUAAUCACAGAGUUGAACUCAAGUCAUCAAUUGUAAUGAAACUUUGAUUUAUACCAUUACCUACUGGGUGUAUUUUUGUUUUUAUUUUUCCUCCCCCCAAUACUGGCAGCUAUUUAUUCCAACCCCCUUCACCACGAUAAACCACAUGGAAAAUAUUUAUACCCAAUUUGUUUCUUUCUCAAAUGUAGGUGCCACCUCCUGGAAGCCAUUUUCCAUAAUGUGUGUUACUAGUAUGACACAUUCUGAUUAGGUUGAGAGUCGCUGGACUGUUGGUUUUUUUUUUCAUACAGUAAGGAAAUGCUUUGGGACAGCAAAAGAUGAAUAAAGUAGGUAUUUUGUUUAUUCCCUUCCUUCCGUGAGUGUUUUGCUGCUGAGUUCUGUUCCAUGCCAGCUUUCUCUGAGCCCUUGUCCUGGCCAUUUAUGAAACACUGGGUUUUGACUCAGUGAUGUGAGAAGGGCAAGUCCAUGUAUUUGAGGUUUGUCCUAUCAGAAAAUGAGUGUGAAGGCCUUGAAAGGGCACUGAUUUCUGGGAUUCACCGGGCACUGCCCUUGGAAAUCACUAGCACAGCCCAGUUAAAAAGCAAGGAAAACUAUGUCAUUGGCCUCCUGCUUUGCUUUCCCCCCCACAGAUGCUGUGUCUGGGUCAUUGUGGUCAGGGAAAUUGAGAAAAGAAAUCAUCAGAAUAAAUUAAGACCCCAAAACCAGUUUUAUGUGAAGUAAUUCGGGAAGAUCUAACGUUUGUGUUGCACAGAUUGUCCAGAUAAUUGUCCAGCCUCUUCACUCCGCUGCCCUCUCAGUGCACAGAUUUUGCUAAAGUGGUUAUAGGCUUUUAUGUUUUAUGUUUUCAGUUUCAAACCCUGGGAAAUGGAGAUUUGAAGAGGCAUUUAUUCAGGAUCAUCAUUUUGUAUGGUCUGUUCAAGAAGGUAGUUAUGUGUUUUUGCUGGUUCAUGUCCCACAACUGCACGUUACUCUGAUGAAAACCCACAAUGUCUUUGAGCUUCUGGUGGCUGUAAUGGUGGGGUUUAAAGUCACCAUUUGUGGGUUUGGCAUCAGCUAAUAUUUAGCCAGCUGGCUAAGAGACAGGAAAAGAAUAAGAUAUUUCUUUCCUUAUGUAAUAAUGAAAAGCAAUAAUUACAAGUAUGUAAUACACAAAGGCCAUAAUUAGUUUCUUCCAGUGUUUAGGAUGCGCUUGAGAAUUGAUAGACUUUUGGAGUGUGUUUGGACCCCUUAGUAUGUAUUGUAGUACCCUUCCAGCAAACAAAUACCUGAGUUGCUACUAUUUAACAAUCUUAUGAGCCCAUACUACUGCAUUUGGGGAGUGGCAAAUGUGUUUGGAAAUGCAAGCAGUUCUUUUUAAGCACUGUAUCAGAGAGACUGUCUCAUACAUCGGCCUGUUACAAACAGGCUGGUUUGUAAAAGAUGUAUGUUUUGGUGUUCUAAAUGUUUAUAAAAUUGUAUAUAAAUGCUUUCAAUUUUCCAGGAUUUUGUAGAUACUAUAUUUUAUGCCUAUCAGGAUGCUUUAAUUUGGGGGGUGGGGGUCGAAUAUUACACUUGAGUCAUCCACGCUGUUGGUCUGCAAACUUUUGAGGUAACUACACCCACAGAAAGGAUUUUAGAUUUGAAAACGAUGUUUUUAAUCAUUUCAAAAUGUAUUGUACCCUUUCUUUUUGUUCUAGGGUUUUCCUUUAACUUUCUGUUUUCGAGGAAAUGUUUGUAUUGACAUUUUUUAAAUGAAUGUCAUUUAAAUGCUCAGCUAAUAUGUAUUUGAUUUUUAUGCCAUUUCAGACUCAGAACGAGCUAUAUCGUUUCUUCAUACAUGUACACACUCACCUAAAUUUGCACACACAUCACACACCAAGACGUUAUGCAAAGGGGAAAGCUAACACUGAGCGUGAAUUGUGUCCCUCAUAGGAAUGGGUUGUUUCUGCAUAUAUUGCUGUUGGCAGAAUUCAGUCUUGUGUUCUUUUUCUAAAAAAUGAAAGAAAAGCAAAACAAAAGACAGCCAAAAAACAAAAACAAAAAAAACGCAACAAAUGUACAGGUUUGUAACUGCCAAAAUUUGAUGGUUAAAACAAGUUUUCGAGUAAAA